CCCCGUUCUGAGUAUACAGGGAUGUGAGUUGACAGGAAAGUUCAACUGCAUGAGUUCAGCUGCGGGCACAGUUUUACCAGGAGACCUCUCCAAGAAGCGAUGGCAUCCUGUGUUGGAGCUGGACCCUAAAGCAGAAGGAGAGUCUUUUGACCCAUCCACUCCCCCAGUGACCACCGUGCUCCUCCUGACUCAGGGUUAUCAUGGGAUACCUUCCAGUUCACCUCACCCCACCCAUCCUCCUCCUCCUCUUGCUCCUCCUGGCCCACCCCAGCACUCCCUUCAGGCCACAGAUUGUGGAGCGGGCAUCUAGCCCUGAUGAUGAGCCUCAGCCCGCAGGCAACUCUACGCUACCUUGGAAGCUCAAGUGUGCAGGCGUCGUAGUGUGUAGACCUGGUGUCCUGCUGCCGGUAUGGCUGCCACUCAACCCUCCACUGGGGGAGCAAGCAGGGAGGGCUAUCAUCUACUUCCUAUGUCUCAUGUACAUGUUUCUGGGUGUGUCCAUCUUGGCAGACCGCUUCAUGGCAUCCAUAGAGGUCAUCACUUCUCAGGAGAAGGAGGUGACCAUCACCAAACCUAAUGGUGAAACGACAGUGACCACUGUGAGGAUCUGGAAUGAGACUGUGUCCAACCUCACACUCAUGGCCCUGGGCUCCUCUGCACCUGAGAUCCUGCUCUCGGUCAUUGAGGUGUGUGGGCACAACUUUGAUGCAGGCGAGCUCGGCCCGGGCACCAUAGUGGGCAGCGCUGCCUUCAACAUGUUUGUGAUAAUUGGUAUUUGUGUGUGGGUGAUCCCUGACGGAGAGUCUCGCAAGAUCAAACACCUGCGUGUGUUUUUUAUUACGUCUUUCUGGAGUAUUUUCGCCUACGUUUGGCUCUACCUCAUACUGGCUGUCAUCUCACCAGGAAUUGUAGAGGUGUGGGAGGCCGCAGUGACGCUGCUUUACUUUCCGGUGUGUGUGAUCUUGGCUUGGAUUGCUGAUCGUCGCCUACUAUUCUACAAAUACAUGCAUAAGCGUUACCGCGCUGACAAGCGGCACGGCAUUGUUGUGGAAAUGGAGGGUGACCUCGAGCCCAAAGGCAUAGACAUGAUCAUGGAUGGAAAGUUGUCGGACAGAGGCGCGUGCCCUGGAAACUCCUCCAGUGUGACGGUCUCUGUGCAGACAGGCAAUGAACUAGACCCGAGCCAAGAUGAGGUGGUUCGCAUCCUUAAAGACCUGAAGGAGAAACAUCCAGAUAAAGACUUGGACCAGCUGAUUGAGAUGGCCAACUACUCCGCCCUGGUCAAGCAGAAGAAGAGCCGCGCCUUCUACCGUGUUCAGGUGACACGCAUGAUGAUCGGUGCCGGUAAUAUAUUAAGGAAACAUGCUGCUGAGCAUGCACGCCGUACGGCUGACCAGGAGUCCGACAAGGCCACAUGCUCGCACAUCUGCUUCGAAAGUGCCCAGUACCAGUGCACUGAGAACUGUGGCGCUCUGAGCCUGGGGGUGAUCCUGGAGGGGGGCACAGGUCAGAACACUUUCUAUGUGGACUACUGUACAGAAAAUGGCUCCGCCAACGCUGGGGCGGACUACGAAUUCACUGAGGGUACCCUGGUGUUUAAGCCAGGGGAGACACGCAAAGAGAUCAAGGUCGGCAUCUUGGACGAUGACAUCUUUGAGGAGGAUGAGCAUUUCUCUGUGCGUCUUCAGAAAAUUAGGUUAGAAGAAGGUGCAAAUGAAGGGACAGGAACUCCACCCAAAGGUAGACUAGUGGAGCCGCUGAUUGCCACCAUCACCAUCUUGGACGAUGACCACGCCGGCAUCUUCACCUUUGGUCAGCGGAUGCUGCGGGUGAGUGAGAGCACGGGCAUGCUGACGGUGACGGUGGUGAGGAACUCAGGCUCCAGGGGCACUGUAGCUGUGCCAUACCAUACAGAGGAUGGCAGUGCCAAGGCGGGGGUGGACUAUGAGGAGACUAGAGGGGAGCUGGAAUUCACCAAUGAACAAACCAGUAAGACGCUACAAGUGCGCAUCAUAAACGUGGAAGAAUAUGAAAAGCAGGAAACCUUCUUUGUUGUGCUUGAGGAUCCCAAAUGGCUGAAGCGAGGACUCUCUGGAAACCCUAGCCCUGAGGAGGAGGAAGCCAGGAGGAUCUCUGAGAUGGGUAAACCCAUUUUAGGAGAGCACAGCAGGCUGGAGGUGAUCAUAGAGGAGUCCUGCGAGUUCAAGAACACUGUGGACAAACUCCUGAAGGACACUAACCUGGCUGUAGUGAUUGGCACUCAUUCAUGGAGAGAGCAGUUCAUUGAAGCAGUCACAGUCAGUGCAGCAGGUGAUGAAGAUGAGGGACAGGAGCAGCAAAUGCCCAACUGCCUCGACUACUUUGUGCACAUAGUGUGCUUAUUUUGGAAGGUUCUGUUUGCCUGUAUCCCGCCCACCGAUAUCUGGAAUGGCUGGGCGUGCUUCUUAGUAUCAAUCUCUGUCAUUGGUUUCUUGACCGCCUUUAUCGGAGACCUGGCCUCCCACUUUGGCUGCACCGUGGGCCUGCGAGACGCUGUCACUGCAGUGGUCUUUGUGGCACUUGGGACUUCACUUCCUGAUACGUUUGCCAGUAAAGUGGCUGCCACUCAGGACCAGUAUGCAGAUGCAUCAGUGGGAAAUGUGACGGGAAGCAAUGCAGUUAAUGUGUUUUUGGGUAUUGGGGUGGCCUGGUCUGUGGCUGCUGUGUAUUGGGAAGUCAAAGGUAAGGUCUUCCGUGUGGACCCUGGCUCGUUGGCCUUCUCCGUCACACUCUUCACCAUUUUUGCCUUCUUAACUAUGGGAGUAUUGAUGAUACGCCGGAGGCCGUCCAUUGGCGGCGAACUGGGAGGCGCACGGAUCCCUAAAAUCAUCACCACACUGUUCUUGUUUGGACUCUGGUUCCUCUACAUCCUCUUCUCCAGCUUGGAGGCCUAUUGCCAUAUACAAGGCUUCUGAGAGGGCGUGGUGUGGCGAGUAAUGACUGCAAACCCAAACAUCAACAAGACAUUGACCUGGUCAGUGCUGUUACAGUAACUACCACUGAAAGGCCUGUCACCGCUUGACAACUGCUGCCAUGGUUCAAGAAGAAAUUAACAAAACUCGACAGACCUGCGCGUGCAAAUUUGUGUGUUACAUCCACUCCAGGACAGUUCCAGUCAGUAAAAUAGACAGACUGGUUAUUUUCCGUUAAGUGGAUUAAAUAACCUGCAGUGACCAUUUUUGAUAAAGGAGUUCCAAUGGUCUGCACCUCUGUGAAGUCACUGGAUUUUGCAUCAUACUGGCUAUAACCUGGACUUCAAGUUCGGUCUUGUUUCUUGUAGAUACUGGAUCUGUAUAUUAGACUCUGUAACCCAGAAAAUGUAUAAUAAAAGCAACGUCACGUUGCGUAAUAUUACACAACAAGCUGCUCUAAAAAUCAGGGUUGAACACCACUCUUCUUUGUGUUACAGCAGUGGAGCCUGCUGUUAUUUUAUAUCAUUACACCUCUGAGUGUAUCCUUAUGUUUAUGCCAUGGCCACUGCUCACGAGCAAAAAGAGGCUGUCACCAAGCUGUCUUAUUUAAUGUCAGUGAACUUAGACCUGAGCAUUAUUCAUGCUCUACAAGUCAAUUUGACCCUUUUACAAUUAAUGCAUAACAUAACUCUGCAAAUGUCCUGUUCCUUUGGCUACCUCCUUUUUUUUGUGAACAAAUUAAAAACAAUAGUUUGACUAAUGAAAACUGUGUGACUUGUCCUGGUGUUGAUUUUUGAUUAAACCCUGCCAGCCAAUCAGAAAGAAAAAGCUUCUGUGGCCAUGGUAUAAUAACUGAGCACAGUUUGGGAGAUGAGACCUUGUGAAAUAUCUCACGCUAAAUUUUGUUUCUCCAAGAUAUGUGACAUGUAUAGUGGAAUGUACUGCACCCACUGAAGUUAAUUUCACAAUAAAUGUCGAUGAUAAUAAUGAUGAAAAAUGCACUAAAUGGAUCAAAUAUUGAAAUGCAAAUUGAAAAUGAGAAACACAGACAAUGAAUUUCUAAUAAGCUGUGGAAUGAGGACAUUUUACCUAGUAUCUGCCAUUUAGUGUGACUGUUUGAAAGUGAUGAUUCAUACACCCUGAUAAUCCUUACAUGUGUAUCAAUGCUGUAUUUUAAUGUCUUUAUAAUUUAUUGUAUUUGACCUGAUAUGAAACAAAAGUAUAUUAUUGUAAUUUAUUGUAAGUUGUCAAUUACAUUGAAAUUUUAA